CGAUAUGCAGCCUACCCUUCAAUGCACGUGUUGAUAUUUUGCUAGUUUGUUUGAAUUACAAUAAAAUGGCAAAAAAGCCGGAGAAGUCAGUUAAAAAGAAUGCAAAGCCUAAAAAGGAGGAGCCGCCGACUACAUCAUCAUCACAAAUCCAAAAUGGCCAGCCUGAAGCAUCUGGCAUUUGGAAGGAUGCGCGCUUUCAACAUUUGCUGACCGAUCCGCGCUUUCGCGGUGUGCCAAAGGUGCAGAGAAAGGUGAAGAUCGACAAGCGGUUCCAGGGCAUGUUCGAUGACGACAAGUUCAAGGUAAAGUACACCGUGGACAAGUACGGCAGACCGGUGAACAAAUCAAACGCCGAGGAUUUGCGUAAGUUUUAUGAGCUCGACGAUAACGAGAGCUCUGAUGAGGAUGAGGAUAAGGAUAAGGAGUCAAAUAAGGAGAAGGAAACUAGUGAGGAUGAUGAACGGCGUGCCGAAGAGCUAGCCAUAGCACGCGAUGAACUGAAGUUGGACAGCGAUGAUGAAACCGAGGUGCCUGAGAAUUUACGCGAGCGUUUAACGAAUCCAAAUGUUGAUUAUGCUCGUGGCGAGGGUCGCUUAAUGACUGACUCAUCGUCAGAUGAGGACAGCGAUGAGGAUGGGGAAGAUGAGGGACCAGAGCUGCAAAUCGAUCACGUGUGGGGCGAACUGGACAUGGAUGCGGAAUGCACAGAGGAAUCGUCACGUCGCUUGGCCGUUUGUAACAUGGAUUGGGAUCGCAUUCGCGCCCAAGACUUGAUGGUGUUGCUCAGUUCCUUUUUGCCGCCAGGUGGCAGCAUUCUGAGCGUCAAGAUCUAUCCUUCCGAGUACGGUAAAGCUCGAAUGGCCGAAGAAGAUGUUCACGGUCCAACUGAACUGUUGAGCAGCAAGCCCGAGGCUGACUCCGAUCUGGAUUCCGAUGAGGAGUUGGUGCGAGAACAGGACAGCGAUGCCGAGGAGGGCGAUGACUAUCACAUGGAAAAGUUACGUCAAUAUCAGUUGAAUCGCUUGCGUUAUUAUUAUGCGGUUGUUGAAUGCGACAGCAUCUCCACGGCGGACAAGGUGUAUAAGGAGUGUGAUGGCAUUGAGUACGAGAGCUCGGCGACGCGUGUGGAUCUGCGCUUUAUACCAGAUGACACGAGCUUUGACGAGGACAUGCCCACGGACGAGUGCUAUGAGUUGCCGGAUGCGAGCAGCUACAAGCCACGACAGUUUACAACGACGGCACUGCAGCAGGCAAAGGUGGAUCUAACCUGGGACGAGACGGCAUUGGAUAGACGUGAGCUGGGCGACAAGCUGUCCAGCGGCAAGGUGGAUCAGUUGAAUGAUAAGGAACUCCGCCAGAUUGUUGCUUACAGCAGUGAAGAGGACGACGAUGAUGACGAGGAGGAAGUGAAGGAGCCCAAAAAGGAGACAGAGGCAGAGCAAGCACAGCCAGAUGCAACUGCGAAGAAGCCUAGCAAGCGCCUUAGAGAAAAGGAGCGCAUUGAGAAGUACAAGAAUCUGCUUGCCGAGAUCAACGCCCAGGAGAAACAGUCUAAGGAGAAAAAUUAUGAAAUGGAAAUGUCGUGGAACGUUGAAACGAGCGAUAAGCCAAGCAAGGAUGCAAAAGAGUCAGCCAUCAGCAACAAAUCUCAGAUGACACCCAUUGAGCAAGUGCUGCAGAAGCGUAGCGAGAAGAACAAACAACGCAAGGAGCAGCGUCGUCGCAAGCAACUGGAACUUAAGGGUAUUGAUCCCGAUGCUGCACAAAACAGCGAUGACGACUCGAUACCCGAUGGCAUUGACAUGAACGAUUCCUACUUUGCCGAUGAGUUCGCCAACGGCGACUACGAGAAGCCCAAGCAAAGCAACAAGUCGCAGUCAAAGAUGCAAAAGCACAUCAAAUCAACGCCAGACGAAGCUGAAGCGGAAGCACAGGCAGAAGCCCAGCUGGCCCUCUUGCUGGAUGAUGAUGAUGACAUUGACCUGGAGACGCAGCAGGCGAGCGGUAAACAAAAGCAACACUUUAGUCUUGCCAAGAUUCUAAAGGAUGAGCAACAGAAUGCCAGCAGCAAGCGGAAACGACGCAAGCAACUGAAAAAGUCCAAAACAACGAGCGACAGCAAACCACACGAAGAUGAUAAUUUCCAGGUGGACUUGAAUGAUUCGAGAUUUAAGGCCGUCUACAAGUCCCAUGAGUACAACAUUGAUCCAACAAACUCCAACUACAAGGCCACCAAGGGCAUGCAACAGCUAAUUGGCGAAAAAUUCAAGCGUCGCCAGCAGCAACAGGAUGACGGAAAGUUGGAUGAUGGGGAUGAUGAGGCACCAGCUCAAAAGCGAUCCAAGCAACAGCUCGAAACGAGUGCUUUGGUCAAGAGUCUGAAACGCAAGAUUCAACAGCGAAAGGUGUAGUUUGUUCACUCCUAUGAUUUAUUGCUUAUAGCAUGUAAAAUAGAUCUAUCCUAGUAAAUACAACUAAUAAGGUUAACGAUUGUUAUAACUGCUACAUUUUUCAUUCGUUGUCUAAUUGAAACUACAACUGGUUAAUUGUUUGUAGAUUUGGAUAAAAAACCGAUCAUAUCCAUUGUAA